UUUCCCCCGGCGGCGGCGCCGGCGGCAGCAGCACUUCCGGGUCGGCGCGGAGGCGGGGCGGAGGCGCCGCGGCUGCUGUUAUUGUUCAGCUGGGCUCCGCUGGGCGCUGUCUCACUUGGCUCAGAGGGUGUCAAUUUGCCCCGCUUCCUCUCGGCCCCUCACUCCCGGCGGCUGACGACGACGGCGGCGGCUGCGGCGGGCGGAGCCUGGCGUUUCGAGGCCGAGCGGCGCCGGGGUGAGGGGCGCGGAGGAGGAGGAGCAGAAGCAGGAGGAGGAGCCGCGUGCCCUGGCACCGAGCGGCCGCGGCCAUGGCGUACGCCUAUCUCUUCAAGUACAUUAUCAUCGGCGACACAGGUGUAGAGUUCGGUGCUCGAAUGAUAACCAUUGAUGGGAAACAGAUAAAACUUCAGAUUUGGGAUACAGCAGGGCAAGAGUCCUUUCGUUCCAUCACAAGGUCAUAUUACAGAGGUGCAGCAGGGGCUUUACUAGUGUAUGAUAUUACAAGAAGAGACACAUUCAACCACUUGACAACCUGGUUAGAAGAUGCCCGCCAGCAUUCCAAUUCCAACAUGGUCAUUAUGCUUAUUGGAAAUAAAAGUGAUUUAGAAUCUAGAAGAGAAGUAAAAAAAGAAGAAGGUGAAGCUUUUGCACGAGAACAUGGACUUAUCUUCAUGGAAACUUCAGCUAAGACUGCUUCUAAUGUAGAAGAGGCAUUUAUUAAUACAGCAAAAGAAAUUUAUGAAAAAAUCCAAGAAGGAGUCUUUGACAUUAAUAAUGAGGCAAAUGGCAUUAAAAUUGGCCCUCAGCAUGCUGCUACUAACGCCACGCACGCAGGCAGUCAGGGAGGACAGCAGGCCGGGGGAGGCUGCUGUUGAGUCUGUUUUUACUGUCUCGCUGCCCAGAAGGGGCUACUCACCUAUUCUUUCACCCUCCUGCUCAGCUGAGACAUGAAACUCUUCGAAAUGGCUUUAUGUCACAGAAGACGACUUUAAUCCUUCAAAUUCUUGUAUAACUUUGAAUAAAUGGUUAAUGUUCACUUAAAAAGACAGAUUUUGGAGAUUGUAUUCAUAUCUAUUUGCAUUUGAUUUCUAGGUCAAUUGACGUGAUUAUUUUUGUUAAAUGUUGUCUUGUGCUCUUACCUACGAACUGAAUUGUAUUGAACACUACAGAAUCAUCCUGAGUAUUUUAAAUCGGUUUGUGUAGUUAGGUUUCCCCACACCUGUGGUUACCUAAUGUUUAAUAUUAUAGAACUGUCCUCAAAAGUUUGUCAAUUUUCAAGGCUAUAAGGAAAACCGAAGGACUCUUUUAAUUCCGUAUUUAUCAUUUACUUUCUGUAUAUAUAGUUUAUAACCUGCUUGGGUGUAAUUUGCCAAGCUUGAAUUCUUUAAUGCAUUUGCAUAAAUUCUAUACUGUUUAGAGCUUACAGCUACAGAAGCAUCGUUAGGAAUUGCUUGGACACUGAAUUUUAAACUUUUUGACAUUGUUAACAAGCAUGUUCAUCUUUUUCUUGUCACUAGUCCGAGAGAAAUAUGCUUAAUGUACAUUCUAAAGGCUCUGUAUGUGUUAACCUGUUUUAAUGCCAAAAGUUUGCUGUUUGUCCACAGUUUCUUUAAGACCUCUUCAGAAAAGGAUUUGUUUGCCUUAAUGCAUACUGUUGGGUAAAAACACAGUAUAAUGAGUGAGGUGGGCGGAAGAAAGAACUCCCUCUGCCUGAGCGACUCCAGGAGGAAUGAGUGUCCACAUUUAGACGGCACAUUAUGAGGACUUUAAUCUUUCCUUGAACACAAUAAUGUUUUCUUUUUCUUUUAUUCACAUGAUUUCUAAAUAUAUUUUUCACGCAGGACAGUUUUUCAACCUUGAUGUACAGUGACUGUAAAAUUUUUCUUUCCGUGGCAACCUAUAAUCUUUAAAAUAUGGUGAGCAUCUUGUCUGUUUUGAAGGCGAUAUGACAAUAAACCUACCAGAUGGAAAAUCCUGUUAAAAGUAGAAAAGCUUUAGUAAUUUGCUCAGUGUGGUGGUUUUAACCUUCUUUUUCUUUUUCUCCCUUGGACUUUAAUGAAAUUGUUACAGCAGUGCAAAAUAAAAUCCUAUGUAUAAAAGUGUUCUUUUUUUUUUUAUGACCACAUCAUUUUUUAAGAAUGCAGUUUUUCAGUCCAUCCACAGCUUUUACAUGUAUUAAAGCACAUUUUUUUUUAAGGGUCAGGAUGUUUAACACUACCCUUUUUAAAAAUUUUGCUAGAAUGUGAUAAAAAUCUUUUUACCGUAUUGAAAUUCUUUUUGUUAUUGAUGAUGUCAGCAAGUAUUUU